UAAAUCCUAAUUUGAAUGAUAUUAAAUUUGAAUAAAAACUUAACGUCUCCUCUUACCACAUUUCAAUUCCAACCAUUCACGAGAAAUUAUCUAAACCUGACAUGAAGAAAGGUCCAGGUCCUGACAUUAACUUUAUAUCCUCAAAUAUCUCUUUUGCAGAGGUCAUCGACGACUUGCACAACAUGUUUGACGAACGUACCAAGAGAAAAACUCCGAUGAUAUCAGACUUCCACCAUUCCGUCAUCAUGAAAAACGCGGAUCGUCUCAACUCGUGCAUCAUCUACGACAGAGACUUCUCCUACACGUACUUCGGCUUGAAAACGUUGGAGCGUUCCUACCUCCUGAGAAUAAAUGGCAAAAUAGCUGAACGUCCUCAGCACAUGUUGAUGAGAGUCGCGGUCGGGAUCCACGGCGAAGACAUAGACGCAGCUAUUAACACUUACAACUUGAUGUCGGAGAAGUAUUUCACGCAUGCUAGCCCUACUUUGUUCUCGGCUGCCACUCCACGACCUCAACUGUCUUCUUGCUUCUUGCUAAUGAUGCCGGAAGACAGCUUGGAGGGGGUGAGCAAGUGUCUGUCCAGGUGCGCCGUUAUUUCAAAGUCCGCGGGAGGGAUCGGCGUGAACGUGCACAACAUACGAGCCAAGAGCACCGAGAUUGACAGGAUCGCAAAAUCCAAUGGGCUCGUCCCUCUACUGAGGGUGUUCAACAAUACGGCGAGGUACGUCGAUCAGGGAGGCAACAAGAGACCUGGGGCGUUUGCUAUUUACCUAGAGCCGUGGCAUGCGGACAUUUUGGAGUUCCUCGACCUGAAGAAGAACACCGGGAAAGAUAUUAAUCGCGCCAGGGAACUAUUCUACGCUAUGUGGAUCCCUGACUUGUUCAUGAAGAGGGUCGAGGCUGACGGUACUUGGUCUCUGAUGUGCCCGCAUCGCUCCAAGGGGCUUUCCAUUUGCUGGGGCGAGGAGUUUGAGAAGCUCUAUGAACGCUACGAGGCUGAAGGCAAGUUCGUCAGGCAGUUACCGGCACGUGACGUGUGGAAAGCCAUCACUGUAUCCCAGGUAGAGACUGGUACUCCUUACAUGCUCUACAAGGAUGCUUGCAACAGGAAAAGUAACCAGCAGAAUCUUGGCACGAUCAAGAGCAGCAACUUGUGCACGGAGAUUAUCGAGUAUACCUCCCCCGAUGAGGUCGCUGUGUGCAACUUGGCCUCCAUCGCUGUCAACAUGUUUGUAAAGCCCGAUCGUGAGACAUACGAUUUCCAGAAGUUGAGAGAAAUAACUAAGGUGGUCGCCAGGAACUUGGACAAAAUAAUCGACGUGAACUACUACCCCAUACCCGAGGCGAGGCUGUCGAAUAUGAGACACCGGCCCAUCGGAAUCGGGAUCCAGGGGUUAGCGGACGCGUUCAUCCUCAUGCGCAUGCCCUUCGAUAGCGAACAGGCGGCACUUUUGAAUAAGCAAAUCUUCGAAACCCUCUACUACGCGGCCCUGGAGGCGAGUUGCGAACUAGCCGAGAAAGACGGCCCUUAUUCGACCUACGAAGGCAGUCCUGUAAGCAAAGGUAUCUUGCAGUACGACAUGUGGGGCGUUACUCCGACAGAUCUCUGGGACUGGUCUGCUUUGAAGGAGAAAAUCGCCAAGCAUGGGGUACGCAAUUCCUUGUUACUCGCUCCCAUGCCUACUGCGUCUACUGCGCAAAUCCUGGGCAACAACGAGUCCAUCGAGCCUUACACCUCGAAUAUCUACACCAGGAGGGUCCUUUCUGGGGAGUUCCAGGUUGUCAACCAACACCUGAUCAAUGAUCUAACGGAUGCCUCCUUGUGGGACGAUACCAUGAAGAACCAAGUCCUCGCCAACUUCGGGUCUAUCCAAAACAUCCCCGGCAUUCCGGAUAACCUCAAAGCUAUUUACAAGACCGUGUGGGAGAUUUCGCAGAAGGUUAUUAUCAACAUGGCGGCGGAUAGAGGGGCCUUCAUCGAUCAGAGCCAGAGCUUGAAUAUCCAUAUGGAGAAAGCUACGUACGGAGCGCUGUCUUCGAUGCACUUCUAUGGGUGGAAAAAGGGUCUCAAGACUGGGAUGUACUACUUGAGAACCAAGCCAGCUGCCAAGCCGAUUCAGUUUACUGUUGAUAAGAGUAAACUUAUCGUGAAGAACCAGAAGCAUGUCAACGGAGCUCAGAAUGGUGUGGCUGAGAAAAGUGAGAAUGAUAAAGGCAAACCUGAAGAGCCUGCGGGAGUCGGUAAAUGAAUCUCGAUUUUUGUGCGAACGAUGUUGUGAUAUAAUAGUUUCAUUUUGGAAAUUAUGAUCAUUUUUUAUUGAAUACUUUAGAUUAAUAUUUAUAUUUGAAGAAUAAAAAUGUA